AUGCAGCAAGUCGGGUCAGGGUUCUUCGAGAGGCGUAAGCCGGGUCGCCUUCGCUCUACUACCUCGAGCGACGACCCUGCUCUUGCUCCUGCUGCAGGGUACGAGUCGUCCCUGAAACGCCAUCGAGUCGUAGUCCUCGACGAGCCCGUUGCGUCCACGUCGACGUCAACCUCCGCAAUUCAAGCGGAAGCGCGAUCCAGCGCCUCGCCUUCGCGACGACGACGACGACGCGGCGAGGACCCUCUGCAACCGAACCGAACAGAGCGAGGGCACGGACAAGACCCGGACAUGCAUCGAUUCAUCUCACCGCUGCCGCACUCGGUUCGUUCGCGCCCACUCUUUGACAUGCUUCGGUCGCCCGAAGCAUGGGGCCUCAACAAUGGGCCCUCUUAUACAACAAUGCGCUGGCGCAAGCGCCCGAAUCUUGAUCUCGCAAACUCGCGCUCGUCCCGGAGGUCGUCGCUCAUGCUGGGGUUCAAGAGGUCGAUGGGGCGACCACGCACCUCGGCUUUACUGCUGCUAUUGCUCAUGGCUUUCGGGAUCUGGAUUUACUCGGUCCGCGACUGGCUCGUGAUGGUGUGGUUCAAGGCGCGAGAUGCAUCUUACGAGAAAGAGCUAGUGUGGACCUGUCGCCUCAGGAAGGAGCCGAUGCUGUUCGUUCGGGCCGAGGAUGAAGUCGCUGUGGUGUGGGAAUCGAAUUGCGACAGGCCAGCGAUACUCGCAUGGUCACCUCAACCUGUUUCGGACGGCAAAAAAUUCGGCCAAUCGAGAAAGAAGGACCAAAAGGUGCGCCGGGCGGGCAAGGCACUCGAAGGAUGGUCGACGGCCGCGGUAGAGAUGACACGGGUCGGAUCGGGUAGAUACGUCUAUUCUAGUAGUGUGCGACCACUUCUGGGUGGUCGUAGGUACAACUAUCGCGUCGGGUGGGUCAAAUCUCGGGCUGCUGGUACCGAGAACCCGAACCUCGAGCAACCGACCAAGUUCAAGAAGGUGCUGGCCAGCUACUCCUUCGAUUGGACCGGACCCGCUGUCAUUCCCCAUUUAGACUUGGAGUCUGCAGAUUCGAACGCGACGAAUACGACUGGCCACCUGAUCCUUUCGCAGCCCACCUCAUUCCAUAUCGGUGCGCUCGCUGACAACCAGUACAACGUGCGAACUUUCCAUCGCGUGCUCCUCAAGAUGCUCGCCUACUCGCGUCGACUUCCCUCCCAUUCUCCUAGCCCUCCAUUGCUUAUUCACGCCGGCGAUCAGGUGCAAAACCCCCACAAUCUUGCGCAGUGGCAGACCGACUUUUGGGACGCCAUGACCUCGAGGCUCCCUAUACGAUUCGGACAAACGACACCGAUCGUUCAAGCUCGGGGCAAUCACGAUUGGGACAGGACGGGGGUGAAUGUCUACGUCGGCGGUUCGCACCCUCGAUCGGACUGGCUCACUGAGCGUCAAGAGGAACCCGUGGCGAACCAUCCCGGCACGUACUUUGCCUAUUCGCCCCAUCAACGAUGUCGCAUUCUCGUUUUGGACUCGAACUUGGACUCGGCCCUGCAGGUCGAGCAGGAGCUUUGGCUCAAAUGGGAACUUGCGAGACCCGAAUGGACGAAGUCGACAAUCAGGAUAGUGGUUGUGCACGUGUCGCCUUUCCUUGAGUUCUGGGACACCGAGGCCUGGACCAAUGGGAAGGAGAGCCAGUGGUAAGUGAUUUACUCGCAGGCGGUUUCGGCAUUUCUCGAUCCCAAAGCUGACUACGAGCUCUCAAACGCUGCAUUGCUUGAACAAAGGUCCGUUUACGUUCGUCAUCGACUAGCACCCCUCUGGGCUGAGCACGGAGCGAACUUGGUCAUGUCAGGUCACCAACACGCCUACUCGCGCGGAUUCCUGCCUCACUCGCUGCACCGCUCCUAUUCGAGCGUCGACGGCUCGGCGUCCCUGGACGUCCUCUCGAAAGCGAUCGUUUCGGAACGAGGAUGGGAAAAGAUCGCGAAAGGCGGCGUGAUUGAAGAACCGGGGACGGUGUACACCAUCUUUGGAGGCGCCGGCGGGACGUUAGACCAAGAUCGCGUCGAGGAUUGGGGCUUUUACGAUCGCUCGAUUAAGGGGCAGCAUCAUUUCGCUUGGCUCGGAUUGGGUUUCGCCGGAGUAGGCGUCGACGAUUCGGAGAUGGGUGAGGUGAGGAUGGGCGACGACGACGCGUUCGGCGAGGCCGGGUCCAAGAAGGUGUAUAGGACUAUUGGAGGGACGGCGUGUAGCAAUGGGACGAUCGAGGUGGUGGAUGUGCUCGAGUGGAGGGCGAUCGGGUUGAACGGGAAGGUUUUGGAUGCGUUCCGAAUCGAGAGUUUGGGGUGCGCUGAAUGGUGA